AUGGAGAACGUGGAUUUGAUGGGAUUCCUCGUCAUUACUUUAAACUGCAAUGUGACCAUCGUGGGCAAGAUCUGGCUCAUCUUCACCGUCCUGCUGAGGACGCUGGUGGUCGUCUUGGCAGGGUACCCCAUCUACCAGGACGAGCAGGAACGGUUCGUUUGCAAUACUCUGCAGCCAGGAUGCACUAACGUUUGCUAUGACAUCUUCUCGCCUGUGUCACACCUGCGCUUCUGGCUGAUCCAGAGCGUGUCUGUUCUCCUCCCUUAUGCCGUUUUCAGCGUCUAUGUCCUCCACAGAGCAGCCCAGCUCGCCCUCCUUGAAGCCUGCGGCUCACACCCAGGCGCCAGAGGCCACCACCCCUCGGAAGGGUCCAGUGGGCCCCGCAGCGCGGGACGCACCCUGAGCGUGCCGGACUUCUCCUUGGCCUACAUCGUGCACCUCUUCCUUCGGUCGCUGAUGGAGGCAGGGUUCGGGGCCCUGCAUUACCUCCUGUUCGGCUUCUCGGUCCCCAAGAGAUUCUCUUGCACGCGCUCCCCUUGCUCCAGCGUGGUGGACUGCUACGUGUCGCGGCCCACAGAGAAGUUCAUCAUGAUGCUUUUCAUCGGGGCAGCGAGCGCGCUGUCCUUCCUCCUGGGCGCGGCCGACCUGAUCGCCAGCGUGCGGAGAAGGACGCGCAGGCGGCCAGGCCCCGCGCAGGGGGCGCCGAGCAGCUCCAUCCCGAGCGAGCACGCCACCCGGAUGUCUCUUCCCGGCCACGCCGAGGGACCCGGGACCUCUCAGAGCCUGGGGACAAGGCCGGGCCAGAGGGCCGAGGACGGCGGGUGGGAGGGGGUCAGGGUGGCCACUGUCCCUGGUGAGUGGAGUGGAGGACAGGGGACCAACAGCCCCAGUGGUAAGUCCGGUGUGUCAGGGCAGGUGGAGUUUCCAGAUGAAGAGGAGAGUGAGGUGAUGUCCUCAGCCAGUGACAAGUUGGCCAUGGGACCCCGGGGCGGGGUCCAUAAGCAGUCAGGAGAGCAGCUCUCAGCCUUUCCGGGCCACCUGGCUGGACACUACUCAUCCAGUCAGCUGCAGUCCCCUGGCCGGCUGGCCAUCUCGGGCAGCGCCCCCCACCUGAGAACCAAGAAGUCAGAGUGGGUGUGA